AUGUCACUAUGGUACUUUAAUGUCAAGGAGCCAGAGGCAACACCUAACAGUGUUAAUCUUGGGGGUGGCUUCGGUGGAGACGCGAGCGUGCUAGCCCGUCAAACGGCCAGCACCGUCCCCCGUGGCACCAUCAUCAGUCACUGCACGGUACCCAGCGUGGUGGCAUUGACGUUCGACGACGGCCCAUACAAAUACACGGGACACGUCUUGGAUAUCCUAGACCAGCACAAUGCCAAGGCCACCUUCUUUGUCAAUGGUGACAAUUGGAUACAGGGGCUCGAUGAUGAGUCAACGCCCUGGCCCGGACUUCUACGGCGAAUGGUGAGCUCGGGACACCAGGUUGGCUCGCAUUCAUGGUCACAUGUGGAUAUGACAACGGCCGACUCGAGCAUGAGGCAGCAGCAGAUGCACGAUCUCGAGCAGUCGCUCUCCAACGUGCUCGGAAUGUACCCAGCCUACUUUCGACCGCCCUAUGCGACCUGCGAACAGCAAUGCCUGGUGGAGCUGGAUCAGAUGGGAUACCACAUUGUCAACUUUGACGUCGACACAAAGGACUAUCUCUACAAUACGCCAGACACGAUCCAGACGUCUAUUGACAGGUUCUCGCAGGCCUUGGACGCCGGCCGGGAGCAAGACUCGUUCCUGGUUCUCAGCCACGACGUGCAGGAGGAGACUGCAAACGUUCUCGUCGAGUUUAUGCUCAACAAGAUCGAAGAGCGCGGCUACAAGGCGGUGACGGUAGGCGAGUGUCUGGGCGACCUGCCGGAGAACUGGUACCAGGCGCCUCGAUCUGUUUAG